CGCUACUGGCCACUUGACGCGUAUAUGGGCAGCUUGUUCUCACGGGUUAUAUAUAAUAGCCGGAGUGGCGAACCAACCCGGCCUCCAGUUCCUCGCCAAGGUUGACGCCGUAGGGAGCUCCUUGCCCACCGUCCCCCUUACCUGUCCAGAUAUCCUAUCAACAACAUGUGUGACGACGACGCCACCGCUCUGGUCUGUGACAACGGCUCCGGCCUCUGUAAGGCUGGCUUUGCCGGGGAUGACGCUCCCCGAGCUGUGUUCCCUUCCAUCGUCGGCCGACCUCGUCACCAGGGUGUGAUGGUGGGCAUGGGUCAGAAGGAUGCCUACGUCGGUGACGAGGCCCAGAGCAAGCGAGGUAUCCUUACCCUCAAAUAUCCUAUUGAGCACGGCAUCAUCACCAACUGGGACGACAUGGAGAAGAUCUGGCACCACACCUUCUACAACGAGCUUCGCAUUGCCCCUGAGGAGUCCCCCGUCCUGCUCACUGAGGCUCCCCUCAACCCCAAGGCCAACCGUGAGAAGAUGACCCAGAUCAUGUUCGAAACAUUCAGUUGCCCCGCCAUGUACGUGGCCAUCCAGGCUGUGUUGUCCCUGUACGCCUCAGGCCGUACUACUGGUAUCGUGCUGGACUCUGGUGACGGCGUAACACACACUGUCCCCAUCUAUGAAGGUUACGCUCUUCCUCACGCUAUCAUGCGUCUCGACCUCGCUGGCCGUGACCUGACAGACUAUCUUAUGAAGAUCAUGACUGAGCGUGGCUACUCCUUCACCACCACGGCUGAGCGAGAAAUCGUUCGUGACGUCAAGGAAAAACUUUGUUACGUUGCCUUAGAUUUCGAGAAUGAAAUGGCUCAAGCUGCUGCUUCCACCUCACUGGACAAGUCUUACGAGUUGCCCGACGGUCAGGUCAUUACCAUUGGAAACGAGCGUUUCCGUGCUCCUGAGGCUCUCUUCCAGCCUUCCUUCCUGGGUAUGGAGUCUUCUGGAGUCCACGAGACUGUUUACCAAUCCAUCAUGAAGUGCGAUGUUGACAUUAGGAAGGAUCUCUAUGCAAAUACAGUGCUGUCUGGCGGCACCACCAUGUACCCUGGUAUUGCUGACCGCAUGCAGAAGGAAAUUACCUCACUUGCUCCCUCCACCAUCAAGAUCAAGAUCAUUGCUCCUCCAGAACGCAAGUACUCCGUCUGGAUCGGCGGUUCUAUCCUGGCCUCCCUGUCCACCUUCCAGGCCAUGUGGAUCACCAAGGAGGAAUAUGAAGAAUCUGGCCCAGGAAUCGUCCACAGGAAAUGCUUCUAAAAUGUUUUGACUGCGAAGACCAUAAGCUAUUUUUUUUUUUUUUUUGUUAUUUAUAUAUUUUUUUUCUUUUUAUCAGUGUUAAGUAUGGAAUUCCUGUUUCAUAUUUUUAUAUAACUUCUAUGUAAAUACUAAAUCUCAUUGGUUGCUUUUGAUUUCUAUAUAUAUUUUCUCAGAAAACAAAAUUAUCUUCCAUUUCAAAUACAGAGUCAAAGUUUUAUUAAUAACAGCAUUAACAUUGCUUCUCCACACAAAAAAAUUUCAGACAAGGAAAUUUUGUAUGUGAAUAAAACUUUCAAAAAGA